AUGUCAGCUACAGCCACAGAAAAGCCUUUGUACAACGCCACUGGUGCCACCACCAAACUCAGCCAGCAAGAGAUAAUACCCAGCAAAACCGAUGUUGGUGCGUUGGCCAAUAGGAUAAACACCGAGACAAGAAGUCUACACGACAAGGUUGACAAAUUGGUUACCCUCAAGAUGGCUAUUGCCUUGCGUAACUACAAGGUGUUCAGACAGGGCUUGCAAUCUUUCUACCACGUUUUCCAGAGCAUAGAAACCGCCUUGCAACACCAGUUGGAAACAUACCCCGACUCCGAAUGGUCCACUAUGCUCCGGGAAGUUUGGAAGCCAGAGAUUGCCAGAACCGGCAAGGCUGAGCAAGACUUGAUGUUUUUCUACAACGACGACAAGAGCAAAUUCGUCACUCCAAAGAUGAAAGAGCAAAUCGCGUUCGCUAGCCAUAUCAAAGAAGUCACCGCCAAGAAGCCCUACUUGCUUUUCGCUUAUUUGCACGUGAUGUACUUGGCCUUGUUUGCAGGCGGUAGAAUAAUGAGGUCCUCCUUCGCCAAGGCCACAGGAAUGUAUCCACGCAAGGACGGCUUGUCGCAUGACGAGAUUGUCAAGUUGGGAACAAACUUUUUCACGUUUGACGUGGCCGACGAGAACUUGUUGCGGGUGAUGUACAAGAGAGACUACGAGUUGGUGACGAGGAAUGGACUCACAGAGGAACAAAAAUUAGAAAUCAUAGAGGAAAGUAAAUUUAUCUUUGAACAGAAUGCUCGCUGUUUGAAUGAGUUGGAGCAGUAUAACAUGCAAAAGAUUCACGGCACAUGGACAUAUUUGGUCUUGACCAAAGGGUACUAUGGUGUGAUUGCAGUUGUUUGCAUCUUGAUGAUUUUGUUUGCUCAAAGACUCUUGUUUAGAAACUAA